AUGACGAGAUCAAUUAUUCUUUCUAAAUGGCCUUCUGAUGAAUGCUAUUACAUUUCCACACCACGUCCUUACGAAAAUAAAAGCGUUAGUUGGGACUGCGAAGCUGGAUAUUAUUGUCUCAGUCCGAGGAACUCAUCAAAAUUCCCAUGUCCUGAUGGAUUUUAUUGUCCAGAAAAUACACAGCCCGUUUAUUGUUGUGAAGGUUAUUAUUGUGAAACUCCAAAAACAAUCGAACUUUGUCCUGAAGGUCACUUCUGCGCCCUAGGAACUGUGGAUCCACCAUUUUGUCAUUAUAUGGCUUAUUGUCCACCCGGAUCAACAUCUGCUAAUAAUUAUUUUAUUGGAGUUUUAGUAGCGUUCUUAAUAUUAUUAAUCUUAGUAAUAUUCCAAUUCAAAAAGAGAGCAGAUGAUCAAAAGGAUAAAAAAUAUAGGAGAUUAUUAGAAGAACCCAGAUUUAAAAAUAGUGAAAAACCUUUAGAUCCCGUUUCACAAACAUUUGAUAUUAAAUUUGAAAAUUUAGGUUUGGUUUUACCUGAUGGCACCGAAAUUAUGAAGGGAGUUUCAGGAUCACUUAAUCAUGGCAGAACGUGUGCGAUCAUGGGACCAUCUGGUGCUGGUAAAACCACAUUAGUUUCCCUUUUGACGGGAAAAGCAAGAAAAACCAAUGGAAAAAUAAUUGUAAAAAAAUAUAAAGAUGGAAUAGAAGCAAAAGUCAACUCUAGACUAUUACAGAAAACUUAUUGGAUUCGUACCUCAAGAAGAGAACUAACGAUACGCGAAAUUUUGGUGCAUUCCGCACUAAUGCGUUUACCAACAGAAAUGAAACGUGAGAAAAAGAAACAAAAAGUUAUUGAUGUUAUUAAAUUUUUGGGAUUGAGUAAGGUAAUGGAUACCGCUAUUGGUGAUGAAGUAUCACGAGGUAUAUCGGGUGGUCAAAGGAAACGCACAAAUAUUGGAAUGGAGCUUGUAGCAGAACCAUCUGUCCUUUUCUUAGAUGAACCAACAUCAGGUUUAGAUUCAGCAACAUCAUUUGAUGUAUGUAAAUUAUUGAAAAGCAUUGCGCAUGAUCAAGGGAUAACAGUUGCAGCCGUUAUUCAUUCGCCAUCAGAAAAAUCUUUUAAAAUGUUUGAUGAUCUUAUGUUGUUGGGUAAAGGAGGAAUAGUUGUAUAUUCCGGACCACGGGAUAAAGCAAUGCAAUAUUUUAUUGAUAAUGGAUUUGUUUUUCCUGACGUAAAACCAGAAAACCCACCAGUUUAUAAUUUAAUCGAAAAAUAUCCUGCUUGUAAUUCAUGGGUAAAAUUCAAAGGAGCUUCAGCUUCAUCUAAUUAUUUUCAAGCACUAAUUAAUGAUUAUCAAGAUUAUCAAGCACCAACAACUAAUAAUUAUAGUUAUUAUCAAGAUCAUCAAGCACCUAAUAAUUAUUAUUAUCAAACACCACCAAUUAAUUAUUAUCAAGCACCAAUUAUUAAAAUUAAUCCUGAACCUGAACCUUAUGAUGAUAAUAGAUCACCAAAACUCGGAAAGGUGACAGGAUUUUCUGCAAAAAUUGAUACAAUUUAUCAAAAUAUUCGCGAUUCCCGUCGAUACGCGAAAGAUAUUGGAAAAGAAUUUUUUUAUUUUCUUAAAGGACUUAUUGUUUGGAAAGAUUCUGUUCGUUCAACGCCGAAUGUUUUUAUAUCAUUUUUACUUUUAUUUAAAAGAGCAUGUUUACAAAUAUAUCGAAACAGAACAAGAUUUUUGAUGGAUCUAUUAUUACAUCUUGGUUGUGGAACGUUUGUUUCUUUGGCAACAAGUGACCUUGGUUAUAUUGGACCAGCACCUGAUCCGAUGUGUUCUAUAACGCCUUAUCUUGAACUACCAAAUUUAUUUACAGCCAUGGGGAUAAUGUUUUGUGGUAUCAAUG